AAACUCCAAAGCAUACACUUGAAUUUGCUUUUUAAAGUUACAGGAGAAGACAAAUUUUUUUUUUUUUUUAAAAGAAAUAGAUAAAAGAGAAGUGAUAAAAUUGACGAAAUCUCUAUUAGUGGACCUUAAUAACUCCCAAUUAGCCCAAUAACACAACCAACCAGGGCCCAACAAAAUAUUAAGGUGGUGGUUACUUAACACAACAUAACAUAACAGUAGUAGUCCACAUCAACGAGACGCGUUACUUAAUAGUCCUUCUUAGGUAGAUUCUUCUGGAAGCUUCGUCGUCGUCUUCUUCUUCACCGGAAAAUUUUAGAGUGGAUUUGUUAUAAUCGUUGAAGAUUGUGGGGAUUGGUCGGUGGAUUUGAUUUGAAUCUGGGUAGGGUUAGGGUAGGUUACGUGGUUUUCUAUCGGGAUUUUUUUGUUGCAUUAGAGACGAUGAAGUUGUUAGAGAAAUCUAAGUCCAGCGAUGAUGCUUCUUUGAACAAGAAGUAUCGUAGAGAUCGUGAUCGCGGUACGGAGCGGAAGAAGGAGAACAACAUUUCGGAGAAGAGACGACGGUCUGAGAGAGUUAGGAGAAGUGAUUCUCAAGAAGAAGAAGAUGAGAGGAUACGGAGUCGGAGUCGGAGACGGAGAGAGAGGAGGAUUAGCGAUUCUGAAGAAGAAGAAGAAGAAGAAGAAGAAGAAGAGGAGAUGGAUAAGAAACGCAGAGUGAAGGAGGACAAGGAAAGAGGACACCGUGAACGUGAGAGAGAUCGGAAAAGGGGUAGGAAGAAACAUGAAAAGGAGAGGUCACGAGAGGGUUGUAAUGAAGAUAGAGAUGAUGAUGAUGAUGAUGAUGUCAAGCUUGACAUGAAAAGCUCAAGAACUAGCAGGCAUGGUGAGAUCAAAACCCGGAAAGAAGAAGAAGAAGAAGAAGAAGAAGAAGUAGAGGAUGAGCAGAAACAGUUGGAUGAAGAAGUAGUAGACAAACGGAGGAGAAGAGUCCAGGAGUGGCAAGAGCUCAAGAGGCACAAGGAGGAAGCUCAAAGUCAAAGUAAGGGUCUUGACGCUGCUGGUAAGGCUUGGACUCUUGAAGGAGAAUCUGAUGAUGACGACGACAAUGCAGACUCAGAAAUGGAUGUUGAUGGUGGAGAUGCCAAGAUGGUAGACUUGGAGAAUGAUAAUGGAGGUGACAUAGCUGCAGAUGAUGAUGAUGAUGAUGAUGAUGUUGAUCCUUUAGAUGCUUUUAUGAAUACUAUGGUGUUACCUGAGGUUGAGAAGCUUAGCAAUAUUACUUCGAACGAUGAUUUUUUGGAUUCUAGAAUGAAUGACAAGGAAAGUGGUGACCACCGGGAAAACAAAGGUUUUAAUAAGGCCCUUGGUAGGAUAAUUCAAGGUGAAGAUUCUGAUUCUGAUUAUGAUUAUUCUGAACCAAAUGAUCCAAGUUUAGACGAAGACGAUGAGGAGUUCAUGAAGAGAGUUAAGAAGACUAAAGCAGAUAAAUUGUCUCUUGUUGACCACUCCAAAAUAGAGUAUGAGCCUUUCCGGAAGAACUUCUAUAUCGAAGUCAAGGAUAUCUCUAGGAUGACACAGGAUGUAGUUAAUGCUUAUACAAGGGAAUUGGAGCUAAAAGUACAUGGGAAAGGUGUACCAAGACCCAUCAAAUUUUGGUACCAGACCGGACUAACCAGUAAAAUCUUGGAUACUUUGAAGAAACUUAACUAUGAAAAGCCAAUGCCUAUCCAAGCACAAGCACUCCCAAUCAUCAUGAGCGGACGAGACUGCAUUGGGGUUGCAAAAACCGGUUCAGGUAAAACCCUUGGCUUUGUUCUGCCUAUGUUGAGGCAUAUCAAAGAUCAGUUUCCCGUUGAAGCUGGUGAUGGGCCGAUUGGGCUUGUAAUGGCACCAACUAGAGAACUUGUUCAGCAGAUUCACAGCGAUAUCAAAAAGUUUGCCAAGGCAUUGGGUAUAAGAUGUGUGGCUGUGUAUGGAGGAUCAGGAGUUGCCCAGCAAAUCAAUGAUCUUAAGCGAGGUACCGAGAUUGUUGUUUGUACUCCUGGCAGAAUGAUCGAUAUUCUUUGCACGAGCAGUGGGAAAAUCACCAAUCUGAGAAGGGUCACAUUUUUGGUAAUGGAUGAAGCUGACCGUAUGUUUGACAUGGGUUUUGAGCCUCAAAUUACUCGUAUUGUACAAAAUAUUCGACAUGAUCGUCAAACUGUGCUAUUCUCUGCCACUUUUCCACGCCAGGUUGAAACUUUGGCACGUAAAGUCUUGAACAAUCCUGUGGAAAUACAGGUUGGUGGGAGGAGUGUUGUGAAUAAAGAUAUUACUCAGUUAGUUGAAAUCAGACCCGAGAGUGAGAGGUUCACAAGACUUUUGGAACUUCUUGGGGAAUGGUAUGAGAAAGGAAAAAUUCUGGUCUUUGUUCGUUCACAGGACAAAUGUGAUGCAUUGUAUAACGAUUUGAUGACCAAAUAUGGUUAUGCCUGUCUAUCUCUUCACGGGGGUAAGGACCAGGCUGAUCGUGAAUCAGCUAUAUCUGAUUUUAAGAGCACUGUCUGCAAUUUGUUGAUUGCCACAAGUGUUGCAGCCAGGGGUCUAGAUGUGAAAGAGCUUGACUUGGUUGUAAACUUUGACCCGCCGAACCACUAUGAAGACUACGUGCAUCGUGUUGGCAGGACAGGUAGGGCAGGGCGGAAAGGCUGUGCUGUAACAUUCCUCUCCGAGGAUGAUGCACAAUAUGCACCAGAUUUAGUCAAGGCCCUGGAACUAUCUGAGCAGCUUGUUCCUGAUGAUGUAAAAGCAGUGGCCGAUGGGUUCAUGGCAAAAGUGAAACAGGGUAUUGAGCAAGCUCAUGGAACUGGCUAUGGUGGAAGUGGCUUUAGAUUCAAUGAAGAGGAGGAGGAAGUCAGGAAAGCAGCAAAGAAAGCACAAGCGAAGGAGUAUGGCUAUGAGGAAGAGAAGUCUGACUCAGAAGAUGAGAAUGAUGGAGUAAGAAAGGCUGGUAGUGAUAUCUCACAGCAACAAGCUAUGCUUUCUCAGAUAGCCGCCAUUGCUGCUGCUGCUGAAGCUACUGUGACAGCUAACCAAUUGCUGCCUAAUGGUGGCGGGCUUGUUACUGUGGAAGGUGUCCCUCCUUGUGAUGGAGCAGGCCGCGUUGCAGCCAUGGCUGCUGCCGCUAACCUGCAACACAACCUUGCAAGGAUUCUUCAAGCUGAUGCGAUGCCUGAACACUAUGAACCAGAAUUGGAAAUCAAUGAUUUUCCACAAAAUGCUCGGUGGAGAGUCACCCACAAAGAAACGCUUGGUCCAAUAUCAGAGUGGAGUGGAGCCGCCAUUACCGUUAGAGGUCAGUAUUAUGAGUCAGGAAGUAUGCCCGGACCUGGGCAACGCAAGCUUUAUCUGUUCGUUGAAGGGCCUACCGAAAUAUCUGUUUAG